AUGUCAAUUCACGAAGGAGACCAACCGCCGGAUGUCAUCAAUCAAGUUCAGGAUCUUCAGAGUCAAAUAGCCGAGUUAACUCAUGUGAACUCUCAGCUACGAACAAAGGUGUCGGAUAAGGACCCCUUGGAUAUCGAACGAGCAGAUAUGAAGCGCAGACUCUCAGAAGCACACACUGGCGCAUUACCGGGAUCACGCCAGAUACCCUUCCCAACCCUGAAUAAUUUCGACCACGUCCGCAGCAACAUCAGAACGAAUUCCAAAGGCGUGUUUUCUACGCCACAUCAGACACCUAGCAGCGCCGUGGUUUCAAACUGGCGCUUACCUGAAAUACCAGUACGCGCAAACUUUGCGUACCUCGUCCGUUCUUACCUCGAGACAACACACGAAUGGUAUCCCGCAAUCCACUGGCCCACGUUUCAGCGUGAGGUGGACGAAGUUUAUACAUCAAAGACAUUCGAAGGCUGUUCUCGUGAAUGGAUUGGUCUGUUCUUUGCGGUACUGGCUUGUGGUGCUUUGCAGGCUGGAACUGAACACAUGAAUCCUGUCACCUCAGCGUCAAGAGGACAAACGAUGUACGAGACCGCAAUUGCUGCUUUGCAACCCUGGCCGCAGGAUUCAUCAGUCACCUAUGCUCAAGCAACACUCUUGUUGAGCAUAUACGCCACUGAAAGCAACAUGCGUUCCGUGGGCUCUAUGUGGCUCGCUUCUGCUGCGCGUAUGGCUCAAGACCUAGAAAUCAGCCCUGAGGUCGAUUGCUGGCCCGUCGUCGAUGGCGAGAUUCGACGUAGGCUUUGGUGGGCCAUCUAUGUUCGUGAUAGGAUCACCUCUCUUGAAACUAACAAAGCUAUGAUCAUCAAUGAGAGCGAUUGUGAGAUUUCUCUACCAUCUUCGCUAGAAGAUCGCUACAUUCAGCCCAACAGUACGUUCCGCUCAAUGGCAAAACCAGCUCACUUUACUGGCUUUGUGGCCAAUAUACACAUCACGCGCCUAUACGCGCCAUUACACCGGGUCCUAAGAUCGAACGUCAUCCUACCCCAGACUCUACAAACCUUUGAUGAGGAGCUCCGAUUAAAGCUGCUACUCCUUCCCGAGGCCUUCCAGCCAUAUUCUAGUGCAUUGUUCGAUGCAACGGCACUGCCUACAGUCUUUUGCUUGUUGUCCGCUCGCUUCCAUAUGUAUCGGCGCAACCUCACUCCAUUAUCGGGCCUAGCCGAGCGUAAAAAUGCUUUGAAGCGCUGCAUUUCCGUAUCUCAAGAUACCGCAAACGAGUACGAAGCUGCGUUAGUGUGCUUGCAUCUCUCGAGGGCCAUCGGUAGUGUGCGGAAGAUCAAUAAGGCAUGUGGAAAGAAUAUAGUAUUCUUUUUGGAAAGAAUGUUUGAUCGCGUACGCAAUGGCCAGACAAGCAGUCAUCAACUCGAACAGGAUGAGGAAAUGAUUGCGUACGUCAGUGCGGACGCUCAAAGCAACCUUCAACAUUCAUGGGUUUGGAUUGGCGACAACUUGACCUCUUCGAGCUCGACGCAAGAGCCGACUCCAAGCACCGUACGAUCACCAGGCGGCGACGAACCGAUGCGAGACGCACCACCCUUACGAACAUCAUCUGUUUCACCGAUGAACGGUACCGCAGAACCAGACGACUGGGCUCAGGCAGAACGAAUGAUGAGACAGUUGAUGGACGAGCACCUCCACCGAUCUACGCAGCCACCAGCCUAUUAUCCUCCGCCGCAUAAUCCCGUCAAGCGCGUACAAUUAGCAACCGAUGCACUUUCACCGCCGAAAUCCACACCGAACCCAAACCCUACACCGUCAGGCACAAGUCGCAUCAGCAUUGCGAAUAUUAUAUAA